CAGGGUGCAUGUUACUUAGUACCUAGUUAUAGUGUGUCUGUGAUCAGUGAAAAAAAAAUUAUUAACACAAUUUUUUACAACAAAUCAGCAAGGAUGCAUAAACAAACAGUAGGAUGGGUCUUCUUUAGCCUUCUAGUAAGCAGUUCCAUAGUCAGUACACUAUCGUACCCCAACCAACCUCAAUACCAACCGCCGAAACACACUGAAAAUGGUUUUGUCCCAGUUACCAGUCCGCAAUUGCCUUCAGUUAGGAUAGAAAGAAAGUUUGCUGAAAAACCUAAUGCGAUCAAAAAGGUUGCCUUAGAUGAUUUGGACGAUAUCAACACCAAUCAGAUAUCUGAUUCAACUGGAGGUGGCUUCUCAUGGUCCAACUUGUUGGGUCCGUUUGCAGGCAUGGUUAUGCAAAUGAUCUUCAAUCCAGGUGGUGCUCAAGGUCCCAAUAAAUCUGAGGGUUUAGAUGAAGGUGGCAUUGCUCCAUCUCCAUGGGCUAACCUAUUGUCUGUUGGUCUUAAAAUUCUCACAGCUAUUCUUGGAGGUGGCGCCCAAACUGCCGGAGAUGGUAUCGAUAAAGUUGAUAACGGAGGUUCCCCAAUGCAGGGUGUUCUGGCUGCCGUUUUAUCUGCAGUGGUGGGAGGAAGGGAUCCCGAACAGGUCAACGCUAUGGCUAAACAAGCAGGAGAGUUUAUUAACAUCGUGGUAAAUCUUUUGGACGCCCUGAAAACAUCAUUCUCACAUCGUUCAAUGGCAGCUAGAAACAUUGGCAAAAAAGAUUCAGUCAGUGAUGCCGCCAUCGCCGGCAUUGCCAUGAUGAAAUCCUACGUCAGAUCCCUUGGAACAGAGGACAGCAAAUGUAUGCAAAAAUACAUGUGCCAAGCAAACAACGAAUGCAGCAGGGAUGUAGGACAAAGCUCACUAUUUUGCCAUCUUGGAACAUACGCAGCUAGUUUCGUACUGGACCGUUCAACCAGCUCCACCACAUUUGAUGUACUCUAUGAAGCAGGACGAAGAGGAAGAUCUGGAGGAAAUUGUCACGAUGCCUACCUUGAAUGUAACGAAGUUUAACAGCCUAAUUUCCUAAUCCACCCAGACAUUUCAUCUUCAUCCUCUUGAACAGCAACGAGAGAAUGAAGAAGGAACAAAAAUAAGCAAUAAUAAUUUAUUUGUAAAAUAGUAUUUAUUUUCUACUACGUUAUGCACUACUGUGUACACUUCCGACAUGAUAUUUGUCAAGUGUAAAAAACGACUGGUCAAAAAUAACUUUUAAAAUGGUAAUGUGGUAUAAUAUCACUUUUCACUUUAUAGAUACCUAGCAAUAGUGAAAGACUUGUGUGUGAGUGAAUGAAUGAUGAGUAUAUGUGUGGUUUUAUGUACAGUAUAUAGAUUUUGAUAUUUAUGAUUUUAUUUAUUACCAAAAUUUCUUUACUAUCCUUACAUAUAUAAAACCUCGAUCGUUAAAAUAGAUUUUUCUAAUGUUAUUUAUAAUAAAUGUU